AUGCCAUGUUUGUGGCCGCACGUUUGGCCGGCGGGAUCAUCUAGCAAGAACGAGACCGCCCACAACAAAGUACGACCUUUUCGAUGUGUCCUAUGCAAUCGCAGCUUUGGUCGUCGUGAUGUUCUUCUACGCCAUGCAAUCCACGUCAACCACGCACAGGCUACCUAUGAACAGAAGGGAAUUGCUGCUGGUCAGUUUGGCGAAAAGUCCAGGUCACAUAUCGGUGUUGAGGCUUUUAAGGAGCCGCAUAUCUUCACACCAGAUGUCACAAUUGAGGAACAGCGUACAGCAUCGGCUGUCCAGGAUACUAAGGUCAUGGGGUCGUAUGAUAAAAGCAAGGCCGCAGCUGCAGAUGUCGGCAAUGGUACCAUUGGGCUUGCGUUGACAGGAUCUACAACUUCUAAAGAUAUUCUCAGCAGCCUGGCCAGGAUUGCCGCGUUUAGCGAGCCCGAGAUGGAUGAAUUCCUUGAUGGAUUACCAGGGGUUGCUUCUUAUUCAGAUAUAAGGUGGACACUUGGUCGUGAGACACGAAGUCAGAAGAACGACUCCUUGGAGGGUACAACGAAGCUUUCGAGCUGCUACAAUCCAUUACCCACCAUCCUUCCCCGACGACCAGACCAGGGAUUACCAGAAGACGAUGCCAACCUUACUCAUGUGCUCCCUUCAAUAUCUUGA